CUGUUUUUUUUCUUUUAAAGAAAACAGUGACAACUUACAGAUGCAGAAAAGCACCAUUGUUUCUCUAAGCUCGUAUCGCAUUCAUUGACAGAGUUCAGUGACAGAGGCCGUGGUAGUGGAUUGGUGUGGGCUGCCAUGGCGCCGAUUGGCCAGGCUGCCGAAGUGUACGUGCCGAGGAGCAUUCAACUAUGGCGAGCUUUCAUCAACUGGAUGGGCUUCUAUUUCCAGAUCCUUCUUCAGAUCCUGAGAGACACGCCUUGCGUUCCUCACCUGCUGUCGUUCAUAGGCCCCUCUUCACCUUCUUUCAGACCCUUGCCUGUCGUCGAACUCCCUCUCAACCACUUGUCGUCCCCUGCCCAAGUUGAAAACGGUGUCAUAAAUGGUCCCCGCCACAUUGAAAAGCUCACAGUAGUUCUUGACUUGGAUGAGACUCUAGUAUGUGCUUAUGAAACAUGUACCUUGCCUGCAAUUGUUCGAACUCAAGCGACGGAAGCUGGGCUCAAGUGGUUUGAGAUAGAAUGUGUAUCUUCUGACAAGGAGCCAGAUGGGAAACCAAAAGUCAAUCAUGUGACAGUGUUUGAACGUCCUGGUUUGCGAGAGUUCUUGAAACAGGUUUAUGAAUUUGCUGAUCUUGUACUAUUCACUGCUGGUGUUGAAGACUAUGCUAGACCACUUGUUGACAGAAUUGAUGUGGAGAAUCUAUUUAAGCUUCGUCUUUAUCGGCCUUCUACUGUUAGCACGGAAUGCCGGGAACAUGUGAAAGAUCUAUCUUGUUUGUCAAAAGAUCUCUGUCGAACUGUGAUUGUUGACAACAACCCAUUCAGUUUUUUGCUGCAACCGCUGAAUGGAAUUCCAUGUGUUCCAUUUUCUGCUGGACAACCAAACGAUGAUCAGCUUUUGGAGGUCCUGCUUCCUCACCUCAAGCAGCUCUCCCUGCAAAAAGAUCAAUCUGGAACCGUUCUCUCGCCAUCUCUACAGGAUCUGUUACAAGGCUUUCUCCAUUCUUUCUUGCCGUCCUGGCCAAAGAACCCCUCUUUGAAGUGAGCUUGGUCACAGAUUCUGGGAUUUCAACACCUCUAAGAACAAGAGACCCAAAUGCUAUAGCUGCACCGGCAUGCCCCUUGUCUGAUGCCCUAUGUAAACACCACAAUGCAGAGGCAAUAUCUUUCUUCACACACUCCCCCGUGAGAUACACGGCACCAAGAAGGUAAAGAGUGUUGGCGUGACUUGUGGAUAUUGACUUACUUUCUUUACACGCCAAGAAUUCCUAUUAUAAUUGUAAUUAAUUUACUUUAA